AUGAACGGCCACUUUGCUACUAAGGGCGAUGCGCCCACCCAAGCUCAAUACGAGCACGGCGUCCAAGUAGUCGACGAGGACAAGGAGUUCAACUCCAAGAUCACCUCCUAUCUCCAAGUAACCGACGUCGCUGAAGCUGGCUUCAACUACCACCUCAUAUCCGUUUUCGGCUCGCAGUCCACCGGGAAGUCCACCCUGCUCAACCACCUCUUUGGCACCGAGUUCAAUGUCAUGUCAGAGGCCGAACGGCGGCAGACCACGAAGGGAAUAUGGAUGUCCAAGAACAAGAGGGGGUCGAUGGCAGACAACAUCCUCGUCAUGGAUGUUGAGGGUACCGACGGUCGGGAACGUGGCGAAGACCAAGACUUCGAGAGAAAGAGCGCCCUGUUCGCCUUGGCAACCAGCGAGGUCCUCAUCGUGAACAUAUGGGAGCACCAGGUCGGAUUGUAUCAAGGAGCCAAUAUGGGUCUGUUGAAGACUGUCUUCGAGGUCAACCUACAGCUAUUCUUGAAGGACAAGCAGUCUACCCCUAGGUCCCUCUUAUUCUUCGUUAUCCGCGACCACAUCGGCCACACCCCUCUAGCCAACCUUCGGAAUACGCUGAUCCAGGAUCUUACCAAGAUCUGGUCCUCCAUCUCUAAGCCUCAAGGCCUCGAUGGAUCCCGGAUCGAAGACUACUUCGACUUUGCUUUCGCCGCACUGCCCCAUAAGAUAUUACAACCAGACAAGUUCGUCUCCGAAGUCGGCAAUCUAGGAAAGAGGUUCGUGUCGGGGAGCCGAAGCUCCAACAACAAAAAUGAGCACGGGCAACAGGAGCUGGAUGGUGGAGUCUUCUUACCCGAGUACCACAGGCGCAUCCCGGCCGAUGGUUUCUCUGUCUAUGCCCAAGGCGUGUGGGACCAGAUCGUCAACAACAAAGACCUCGACUUGCCUACACAACAGGAGCUACUAGCACAGUUCCGUUGCGACGAGAUAGCGCGAGAAGUAUUGGUCGGUUUCGACGAAGCAAUUGGCCCACUAGAGGAAAAGCAAGCCGAGGCCAGUCGUGUUGGGAAGCCCCUUGUCCUGGCCGACCUCGGCAACACAGGUAGAACCACCAGAGAGAAGUGCGUCAAGGCAUUCGAAACUCAAGCUAGCCGAUACCACAAGGCAGUCUAUGCUCGGAAACGAACCGAGCUUGAAGGCAAGAUCGAUCAGCGACUGAAAACACUAUACCAUGGUCAGCUGAUUGCUGCUCAUAAGUCUGGAGUAACGACCUUCAGCGAUGCUGUAUCUGGUGCUGUAAAAACAGGGCAGAAAUCUGGAGGUGCGUACGAAUUUGCCGAGAUUGUGGAAUCAGAGAAAACGAAGACAUUGGAAAGAUUCAAGAAGGAGGCGCAGGGUCUGGCGAUCCCAGGUGUAGCAUGGUCCAAUUUCAAGUCACAGUAUGCGCUCUUUGAGAAGGAACUUGACGAGGUCAGCUCCCGUUUGCGAAAGGAAGAGAUGCGCAGGUUAGCCAUACGAGUCGAACGGUGGGUUAAGUCUCGAUUGGCAGACUCUAUUGGGUUGGAAUUCAACAAACUUGGAUCUGGUAGAGGAGGCAACGGGGCUCCGGAGACAGGAGAGAAGCCAGAGACUGAAAAGGAUUUGUGGGACCGUAUCUGGAACGUCUUUGUUUCAGUUGUCAAGGAAGCUGAGGGACGCUUCGUCGAGAGGGCGAAGAGCUUCGAGGCCAGUGAGGACGAAGUCGAGGUCGGACUAUGGCGCUUGAGACGCAAAAGCUGGGUUGCUUUGAGAGAAAGGAUCGACGAGGAAGUGAUGGAGGGAAACAUCCUGCUGAAGCUACGGGAAAACUUUGAGGAUAAGUUCCGAUAUGAUGAGGCUGGCGUGCCGCGAAUAUGGCGGCCAGCUGACGACAUCGAGGGAAUCUAUACCCGAGCGCGAGAGUCGACUCUAACCCUUAUCCCACUUCUUUCAAGAUUCAGACUUGCGGCGACAUAUGCUCCACCAGAUCUGCCCGACUUCAUCGGAACCCAACCUUCGGGGGUCGAACCGGAAGAUGAGGACGAUUUGACACCGAUUGGAGGCGUCGACGAAGAAGACGGCAAGAGCCUCGAGGAAGAGAUGACUGUCUUGAGUGAGGGCAAGCGACAAGACCUAGUGGUCAGGUUCAAGAAGACGGCCGAUGGCGUCUACGUCGAAGCCAAGCGAAGUGCCAUUGGCGGUGUUGCGCAAGUCCCCCUAUAUUUCUACGGACUGCUAUUGGCACUUGGAUGGAAUGAGAUUGUGACCGUGCUGCGCAACCCCAUCCUGUUCUUGCUUCUCAUCAUCAUGGCUGGUGGAACAUACGUGGCGUACCACUUGAACCUUCUCGGACCCAUGAUGCAGAUGAGCAACGCAGCUUGGGGUCAAGCUGUUGACAUUGGCAAGGCGCGUCUUCGAGACUUCCUUGAGAACAAUGAGACGGCAAGGCAGGCGAUCGCGAUGCCAGCACGGGAUAGCGACUCGAUCAGCAUGGACAGUUUGGACAGCCGUGGGAAGAAGCAGUCGCGCAAGACGGCUGAUGAUGACGACAAUAUUUGA